CAGAGCGCAGCUUGACGUCAAAAACAACUUUUCUUACUUUCAUUUUCUACUUCAUUUCAAGCUUUGUUUUGGUUUUUGUUGUCCAAACAGACUUUGUAAUAAUCAAAUUUGCAAUUCUUAUAAUUUUUUGAAUAGGUUAGUCAUAGCUUUUUAUUUCAUUUUACUUUUCAAAUUUAAAAGAUAAAAUUUAAAGACAUCUAAAAUGCUUGCUUUCUGUUGCUUGUUUAUUACAAUCGUUAAUGUUGUGUUUGGUGUUGAUGGAGAUGAAGUGAAGUCAGUGUCAGUGAUGGAGGGAGAUUCUGUUACUCUACACACUGAUAUUACUCAAAUACAGAGAGAUGAUCACAUACGGUGGCUGUUUGAAUCUCAUGGCACUCAUACAGCUGAAAUCAUGAAAUGGGCCAAUCUGAGCUUAAUAUAUGAUGAUGAAGGUGGAGGGAGAUUCAAAGGCAAAUUACAACUAAACAAUCAGACUGGAUCUCUUACAAUCACAAACAUCAGUAUCACAAACUCUGGACUUUAUGAACUAAAGAUCAGCAACAGCAGAGGAACUUCAUACAAGAGAUUCAAUGUUACUGUCUAUGCUCUUCUGCCCGUUCCUGACAUCAUUAUAGACUCAUCACAAUGUUUUUUAUCGUCAUUAAGCUCAAAAUGUGUGUUGUUGUGUUCAGUGUUGAAUGUAAGAGAUGUAAGUCUGUCCUGGUACAAAGGAAACAGUUUAUUGUCCAGCAUCAGUGUGUCUGAUCUCAACAUCAGACUCUCUCUACCUCUGGAGGUGAAAUAUCAGGAUACAAACACAUACAGUUGUGUACUCAACAAUACCAUCACAAACCAAACUCAACAUCUCAACAUCAAUGAAGUCUGUCAGACGUGUUCAGAACACAGACUGUGGAAAGCUAUUGUUUUAGGUGUCAUUAUUGCUAUUGUGUGGCUGUCGAUAAUCUUGGCUGUAGCCAUAGGUGUGAUUUACUACAACAAAAAAGAAGGCAAGUAUUUAUAUGCUAAAAUAAAACAUUCAAAUAUUGUUUUUCAACACAGUUAAUGUGAAUCUUAUACUCACAGGAAAGGUUAACAACAGCACAUAUACAGAAGUUACCCUUGAAAUAAUGUGAAAAACUCAUCUGUCAUUUCCCACAUUUGUCUUGCUAAGUAAUUGCAAGGUGAAGCCAGAAUACUUGAAAAGUCGAUCUGGAAAUCAGACUUUAGUAACACUGCGAGGAUUGAUCCAGGUUGUUUAUACAAAUGAACAUUUAUACACUAUCGGGCAGACGUUUCUGUCAUAUUUAGUACAAGGAAAAAAGGUGAUGGGAUGCCUUCCUAUAUUGUACUGGUGCAAUCGUUACAGUAGGUUUUUAUAUAAGUUAUUAACAAUUGUGAUGUAAAUUAUUUUAUUAUUUUUAUACUGGUGCAUUUGAACCCUUAUGUUUAACACUUGCUGAUAUAUUUCAUGUUUGCAUUUAUAAUGAAUUGCACAUAUUUGUGUUUACAUGCUUUGUUCGACUGAUAUGAUAUUUUUAAUUAUGAUGUUAUAAGUUGUUUUGUCUUGUUCUAAUGAAAUGUGAUUGAUUCUCUUUGAUGAUCAGUGAAGGAACACAUGGGUAAACUGUCAAAUAAAUAAAUGUUUAUAAUAUCAGUAUUUCAGAAGUA